AUCAAUUAUCAACACAAUUGUUAUCUCAGCUUUUCAAAAUGAUAAAAUUAUCUUUAUUUUUGGCACUUGUCGUACUUCUAUCGAUAUCCUUUCAAGUCGAAGCUGUAAGACUCGAUGAAGGAACAACAGAUUGUCUCUGUCCAGUAACAGCAGAUAUCUUUUAUGUAUGUGGGAGCAAUGGUUCAACAUACACUAAUCCAACAUCACUGAGAUGCGCUGCUUUCUGCACAGGAAGAAGAAUCACAAAAUCUUACGAUGGAUGGUGUAGAUCUUAAUUAAAAUGAAAAUGUACAAUACAACUGAAUAGCACUUAUAAUACAAAAGUUGAUAUUAUA